GACAGGAGGGAUUGCGCUAGAAAAAUACAACUCCACCGAGGGCCAGCUGUGGCUGCUGCCAUGCCUCUACUGGAAGAAAACUCGCUGUCCAGGGACCACCCGCUAACUGUGCCGGUGGUCAUUAUCGGAAAUGGUCCAUCUGGAAUAUGCUUGUCAUACUUACUAAGUGGAUAUAGACCUUAUUUGGACACUGGAGUUGUACAUCCAAACCCAAUUCUCUUCAGAAAACUACAAGAAACGAAGCACCUUGCCAUUACUGAACAGGAUUUAAAGUAUCUGAGCGAGGGGCUGGAGGGGAGAUCGUCCAACCCGGUGGCACUCCUGUUUGACACGCUGCUGCACCCCAACGCCGACUUCGGCUACGAGUUCCCGCCCGUGCUGGAGUGGAGGCUGGAGAGCCAGCACCACGUGCCUCACCUUGUGCUGGGUAGAGCGGCCCCCGGCGGGGCCUGGCACGCAAUGGAGGGAUCCAUGCUCACCAUCAGUCUGGGCAUUUGGAUGGAGCUCCCAGGGGUGAACUACAGAGACCUGACUGCGGGGAAUCGAAGAGGUGUGGCAAACGACAGAGCCACGCCAGAAGAGAUCUCCUCCUACUACAAAAACUACGUGAAGCUGAUGGGCCUCCAGAAGAACUUUGUGGACAACACGUACGUGACCUCCGUACAGAAGCUCCACCGCGGCCAUGAGGACACCAUCGAGAACGAGGGCAGGGGGGACGUGGUCGACGGCAAGAAGGAGUUUGAGGGGAAGGACAGCUCCCCCGUUGUGCUCCCCCAGGGGGUGUGGGAGGUGAGGGGCUACCAGCGGGUCCAGGGGGACACGCACGUGCCUUUCUGCCUUUUUGCCGAGAAUGUGGUCCUCGCCACCGGUGCCUCCGACGCCCCGGCACGGCUGUCGGUGGAAGGGGAGGACUUCCCCUUCGUCUUCCACAGCAUUGCCAACCUGGGGGUAGCUAUCAGCAAGGGGACCCUGGACCAGAACUCAGACCCAGUUCUGAUCGUGGGGGCGGGCCUGAGCGCGGCGGACGCCGCCCUGUGCGCCUACAACAACAACGUCUCCAUAUUGCACGUCUUCAGGAAGCGCGUGGACGACCCCGGCCUGAUCUUCAAGCAGUUGCCGAAGACGCUCUACCCGGAGUAUCACAAGGUCUACCACAUGAUGUGCUCCCAGUCUCACGCGGCCGCAGGGGCUCCCAGCCAGUUCCGGGACUACACCAGCUUCCCUGAGCACUGCGUCGUCUCCUUCCAGCCUGACAUGAAGUGUGUCCUGCAGAACGGCAGCAACCUGAAGGUCUUCAAAAUCUCCAUGGCCCUGGUCCUCAUCGGCACCCACCCCAACCUGUUUUUCCUCAAGGACCACGGCCAGUACCUGGGCCUCGACCCCAGCAAGCCCAUUUCCUGCAAACAGAACCCUAUCGAAAUCCAUCCGUACACGUUCGAGUGCACAAAGGAGGCCAACCUCUUCGCCAUGGGCCCCCUGGUCGGCGACAACUUUGUGCGCUUCCUGAAGGGCGGCGCUCUGGGCAUCGCCAGCUGCCUGAUGAAGAGACUGAAGAAGAAGGCCACGCUGAUUGCAGACGGGGGAGGCGGGCUGGUCUGAGAGCUGGAAAGCGCUCGUUAAGAUGACAGCACACGGGGGGCAUGACAGUUUACGCUUUCCGAAAGCAUUUAUGUAUGCAGUGGAUAUAUCUUCUUUAACUUCUAAAGCUUUCUUACAGCUUAAUGAGAGCUAAUAACGGGGAUGAGUACAAACUCAAAUACGUUCCACAGUACAUGUGGAAACACAAAAUGCCAUUCUGACAUGGUUUUAGUCUAAAACUGAUUUUCGAUUAUGAAUCAGUGAUGCAGCGUAUCAUUAAGGACAACAUGCCAGCGGUUUCAUUCGGUGUGUAUAUAUACAAAGCUCAUGGCUUCUGGGUUGUAUUUUUGUUCAGCUGGGGCCCUAGUCACUGCGUAGUCCACUAAUUUAUUUUCUUAAUUAUAU